AUAAAUGUGAUCGAUGUUAUCACACAUUGAUACGCACAUAUUUACGAACUGAGAAGAUAAGACUGAGGAUGAGCGUAAUGCAGGUAUCAUUAAAAUGAUCGAUACUCGUGAAUGACUUUUCCUCUCUUUGAGUCUAAUGUAUUCGGACAACGUCGAAUUCAUAUUGGUCGCAUGUGAUUCCACGUGUUCCGCAAUAACAAGGUGAUACCACGCAGCCGCUUGUAUAUAGAUAGCGAAGGAUCACCGGAGAUACGAUGAUGUCUCUUUGACUCUUGACGAACUACGGAGAUCGCCUUUCACUCGCUCGUCGUAAUAAUUCGGUUGUCGAUUCUAUUGAAAUAUAUAUCCAAUAAUGCUGCGUCGGUUGCGUAUUAAAGCUUUAGCUGCUGUGCCAGUUCGAAAAAAGCCUACGCAGAAUUCAGCAGAUUCUACUGAAACUAACAAUGAUGUUGAUAAGGAAAAGAAUGAAGAAAACAUAUCUAAUAUCAACGAGACAGUGCAAGAAAUUACCAAAGAUGUUGCACUGGUAAAAGAACAGAGAGAGAAAGAUGUGAUUAAGAAUACAUUCGAACAAAAGGAACGAAAAGAAAAAGAUAUAUCCAAUAUUGAUAUAUUAAAACAAGAAAAACUGGAAGAGAAAGAUAUACCUUGUAUUGAUAUACCAGAACGAGAAGCUGCCAAAGAUAUUGAAAAGGUUGAAGAGGAAACUAAGAAGAAACAAGAUAAAGUCAAUUUAAGAGAAUCAGUUAUAGUUAAACUAAAUUCCCAAGAAUUAUGUUCUCCAAUCAAAUCAUAUUCUCGAGAGUUACAUGCUCAAACAAAGCCAAAUUGUCAAGAGUUACAUGCUCAAGUAAAGCCAAACUCUCAAGAGUUACAUGAUCAGGCAAAGCCAAACUUUCAAGAAUCUCCAUCUACUGGAUUCAAGCUUGACAAAGUUACUGAUCAGUCAAUUCAAAAAAAUAUUCCGCCAUCAGAUGUGUCUACAGUAACAGAUAUUGCCUCUCCUACAAAGGUAAUACAGAAUCGUCCAUGUUUUAUGAGACCUACACCAAGAUUGGACAGUAGCGGUAGAAUAAGAAAGAACAGUAUACAAGGAAGCGGUGCGAGCGCAAGUGAAUCUGAGGAUGAACACAGCAAGAGAGUCGCAUCUGUUGUGCCAAACCGUGUACGAAAUGAUUCUGUCUGCUCUGUACAAAGCAAUAAGGAAACUAAUAUCAAUGAUAAUCAAAACAGUCCUCAGAAAAUUAAAAUAACACAGAAAAGACGCACGUUAGUUUCGGAAUCUGCGAGAAAGCUGGCCGAAGCUAGAAGGGAGUUUUUACUAAAACACGAAAAUAGAGCACCUGAUAGAAGUCAGUUGAAAAUGUACGACUUGAUAUAUUAUAAUCCAGUGACAAAUCCUAUGAAAAAAUUGUCAAUUGAACGUAGAGCAGAAUCAGUAACUACACCGCAACCAGUGGAAAUGCCGGAAGAAGAAGACGAAGAUGAUCCAUCGGCAAUGCCCACGCCGCAAGUGAAAGUGGGUCCCGACGGUCAAUUGAUAAUAGAUGAACAAAGUCUUGUAAUAGAGCAGACAGAUGUGAGAAGAGAUGAAGAAAUAUUGACGAAUAGUGUUGCUAUAGAAGAUGAUAAUUUCCAUAGCGGCGGUUUCUAUAAAAGGCAUAAGAGGAGCAAGGAGUGGCCGAAAUGGGAAACAUUUAAAUUUUAUAGAGUUUUAAAUGUAGUAGGUACGGAUUUUCUAUUGAUGCAGACACUCUUUCCAAAUAGAAGUAGACAAGAAAUUAAACAGAAAUAUAAGAAGGAGGAAAGGGUUAACCGACAAUUAGUUGAAAAAGCUCUCAAAUAUCAUCAAGAAUUUGAUACUGAUAUGCUACAAGAGCAACUAGAAAUGCUACAAAAUCUGGAAAAUAUACAAAACACAUCCAAAAAAGCACCGGAGAAAUCUAAGAGUGGACAGUCCUUGAGCAGAAAUCAAAGAAAACGCAAGCGUCGAUUAGUAGCGGAAAGUAUUGGAGAAUGUGGAUCACUACUCAAUGAUCCAGAACUUGAAGAUACUAUAGUGUCGACGACAAACGAUGAAAUCGAUACAGAAAUUUGUAGCGAUACAAAUAACGUUCUGCAACAAAUGGCAAAGAAAAAAGCGCGGAGAUCGAAAAAGCGCUCGGACGACAAAUUCGAUGAUUAUAGCUCUUGUACAGAUGCUGAUUCAGACAGCUCUGAGGAAGUCUAUCAACUCAGACCGACUAGAUCUGGCAGAUUGUCGAAGAAGAUAAGGAAGUUACAAGCGCCUGACUUAACUACACGUAACAGUAAUAAUGUAGAGAAAGAAUUACCGGUAGACAACAAGAUACCGUCACAUGUAGCUGUAGAAAUUACAGAGUAUGUAAAUACACAAGUUACGAAUAGCGAAAACACGGAACCGUCUUGUUCCGAUAAUAUUAUGUCGAUGAUACCAAAUAUUAAUCAAAUGGAACCAGGAGCCUUGGUAAUCGUCUCGAAAGAAUCUGCAGAGAAUCCUGGAAAUACUAUUUUACAAGUUUAUAUGGUUGCCUCCAAUGACUCUAACACAACAGUCACAUCUAGCGCGGCGUCUGGGAAUCAGCUAUCGGAGCCAUCUUUGACCAAUCAACCGGAAAUUACCGAACCGAUUGAUAUUGUGGAUGAUUCUGAAAAAUGA